CAGGUCAUGUCUAAAAAUUAUUUUCUCCCUAAUCAAGUAUUACAGGCUUACAGGGGUUGUGUAAACUGGCAGAUUGUUUGCUAUAAAGCCCUAUUUCUGUUGGCUGCAUCUGAGCUAUGCUGGAGAGCUUGUAUCUCGGACAGAGUGCUGUUGGCUGUGAUAGCUGCUGUAUGGCCUGCUUGUCUAUGUGCUCUCCCCGGGGAACUGGUGCGUGUGGUCCGCAGAGAGAGGAGGGCAAGAACUCGACUAGAUGCCCAACAGACGACUGAUUUGAUCCUAGUGUUGGGAAGAUGAUCUUCACUGCGCACCUUAACCUGAGCUUAUAGAAAAAAAGAAAAAGGAUGAGCUGAUGGCAAAACGGGUUGAACUCAAGCAUGACCGUAAAGCCAGAGCGAUGGCAAGCCGCACAAAGGACAAUUUCAGAGGCUACAACGGUAUUCCUGUGGACGAAAAGGGCAAAAGGAUGGGUCCUGAUGAUGAUGAAGGGAAGGGGAAAAGAGUGGAUCCGUGUAAUGAUGAAGAUUAUUAUUAUGAUAAGGUACAGUUGGAGGAAGAGGAGCCAGAGAUGGGGGAGGAAUCUGAAGAGGAAUUUGAGGAGCAGUGGAAUGUGCGACCUAAACAACAUAGAGAGCCAGAACGGUCAGCUAAAGAGUAUAAACCACACAGAGAGUCACACCGACCAGGUAAAGAGCCAAAGAAAUCUUGUCAAGCGGCAGUCGUGUCCAGAGAGGCUGGGAAGCCUAGAGAGGCUGGGAAGCCUAGAGAGGCUGGGAAGCCCAAAGCACCAAAGAAACCGCCCCCUCCGCCCAUGAACUUCUCCGAUCUUCUGAAGCUGGCUGAGAAGAAGCACCUGGAGCCGGUGGAAAUUAAAGUGGUUAAAAAAGUGGAAGAGAAGCUUCGCACUGCAGAGGAGCUGAAAGAACUGGAAUUCUUGGAACGAAAACAGCACAAACAGAACAGCAAGAGGAAACCUGAAAAGGAAGUCACCUCCUCGUACUUGGGCAGCUCCUCCAAGAAAGAGCCAUCGACAAAAGACAUCAAAACCACAACCUCAUCCAAAAGCUCAGCAGAGAAAUUGCCUCCAUUUAAAGGAAGCAGCUCAGCAUCCCCUGCUCAGGUGGUUAACAAGAGGCUGAAAACCUCUUCCUCUAGUGAAAGGUCUUCGUCCUCAGCGCCUUGUAAAACACCUGUGAUUGAGAAGUCCAAACCCUCGGUCACGAGCGGCCACUCAGUCUCUAAAAGCUCCAGUAGCAACAGUGGGAGAAAUGCGGUGAGCAGCAGCUCAGUAAAACAUGGGCUUAGCUCCAACUCACAAAGCAAAGGACUCAAACCACGAUCAAAUGGAAGCCAGCCUGCACCACCCACGAAGGACAGGCAGAAAAAGCCCGGUCUCUCAGCUUCAUCAUCAGGGAAAGGUUCAGGUGCCUCUGUUCAACAGGAUGUUUCUGGUACUGCAGGCAUGUCGCACUCCAAAAGCGUGCGCGCUCCAGAUCCAGAUCGAUCUCGAGGUACAAAUGGCUCAGGCCAGCCCCGACCAGGCAGCUCUCAAGCCAGUGGCUCAGGGGCCCCUCGUGUGAGUAGUGGAGGGAGCUCAGGCCCUGGGCGACUAAAGGUUAUGAGCAAUUCUGUCGCUCCACGGCCCAGUCCUGCCCGUGACUCUAGCCCUGCCCGAUACAAGAGCAUGGGCAGCUCGGGAUCAGUGCGACCCAGGAACUCUUUAGGAGCUGUGCCUGGCAGCACCCAACAGACAGGACCUGAACGGUCUGGGAGCGUGAAAGUGCCUGGGCCUGGAAAUGCAAUUGGAGCACCCAAACCCAAGUGCACUGUAGUUUCGGAAACCAUAUCUUCAAAAAGCUUCGUCCCACGGCCCAGCAGUGGACAGAUGAGACCACCGGGAGCUCGGCCAAUGAUCCGACCGCAAGCUCCUCCAAGGCCACCUUUACCUACUGGCUACAAGCGAAGGCUGGAGGAUGAGGAAUACGAUUCUGAAAUGGAGGACUUCAUUGACGAUGGAGGAGAAUCCCAAGAUGAAAUCUCAAAGCACAUCCGUGAAAUCUUUGGAUACGACAAGAACAAGUACAAGGAUGAAAGUGACUAUGCACUGCGGUACAUGGAGAGCAGCUGGAAAGAACAGCAGAAGGAGGAGGCCAAGAGCUUGCGGAUGGGGAUCAUGGAAGAUGAAGAAGAGUUGAGAAAGGAGGAGGAAGAGCUGAAAAGGAAAGUGAUGAGAGCCAAGAGGAAGCGACUUUAGUUUGUCUUAAAGACAUGACAUUAUUUAUUGUUUAUAAUU